AUUUCUGAGAUUCGGCAGCCUUUUUGUUUGUCUUCCAUGCUGAACCUGGUGGUACCAUUGGCAGUUUAGUGGCAGCGUGAAUGUACCGUGACAUAUGUGACAGAUCACGUUUCGUCACACACGUCACACCGUGGACAAAAUUAAAUUUUCUGGAAAAAAACGUUCGACCUUUUCCUUUAUCUUCUCAUCGAUCUUCUUCAUUUCUCGAUAGUCGCCAUGGUCUUCAAAGUUGCUGACGUUUCUCUCGCUGCCUUUGGCCGCAAAGAGAUUGAGAUCGCCGAGAAUGAGAUGCCCGGACUCAUGUACCUCCGUCAGAAGUACGGUCCCUCCCAGCCUUUGAAAGGCGCCCGUAUUGCUGGAUGUCUUCACAUGACCAUCCAAACCGCAGUCCUCAUCGAGACCCUCACUGCUCUCGGAGCCGAGAACAUCUUCUCUACUCAGGAUCACGCUGCUGCUGCCAUCGCGGCCACGGGUGUACCUGUUUUCGCCUGGAAAGGUGAAACCGAGGAAGAGUACAAUUGGUGUAUCGAACAGACUCUCGCUGCCUUUCCUGGCGGACAGCCCCUGAACAUGAUUCUUGAUGACGGUGGUGAUCUCACCAGCAUUGUUCACGAAAAAUACCCCCAGUAUCUCAAAGGGCAUUCUUACAUUCUAUACAUAGGCAUUCGCGGUAUUUCUGAGGAAACCACUACCGGAGUUCACCACCUUUACAAGGCAUUCCGUGACGGCAAACUCAGAGUCCCAGCUAUCAACGUGAACGACUCUGUCACCAAGUCUAAAUUCGACAACCUUUACGGGUGCCGUGAAUCCCUUGUCGAUGGGAUCAAACGUGCGACAGACGUUAUGUUGGCUGGUAAGGUAGCUGUCGUUGCUGGUUUCGGAGACGUCGGAAAGGGCUGUGCCGAGUCUUUGAGGUCCUAUGGUGCUCGCGUCCUGAUCACCGAGAUUGACCCCAUCAAUGCCUUGCAGGCCGCCAUGGCUGGGUACGAGGUUACCACCAUGGAGGAAGCUGCUCCUAGGGGCAACGUGUUCGUCACCACGACUGGAAACAGGGAUAUCAUUACUUCUGCUCAUUUCCCAGUGAUGCCUGAAGAUGCCAUCGUUUGCAACAUCGGUCACUUCGAUGUUGAGAUUGAUGUUGCCUGGUUGAAGUCUAAUGCCCAGUCGGUUGUCAAUGUCAAGCCCCAGGUCGACCGUUUCACAAUGCCCUCCGGACGUCACAUCAUCCUUCUUGCUGAAGGCCGCCUCGUCAACCUCGGAUGUGCUACCGGACACCCAUCUUUCGUCAUGUCUUGCUCGUUCGCGAACCAGACUCUUGCUCAGAUUGCCCUGUGGACUACACCCGAAAAGUUCCCUCUCGGAGUUCAUAUCCUCCCCAAAGAGCUUGAUGAGGAGGUUGCCCGUGCCCACUUGGCACAGCUGAACGUGAAAUUGACGACCCUGUCCGAUGCCCAGUCAAAGUACCUCGACAUCCCCAUCAAUGGCCCUUACAAGGCCGACCACUACAGGUGCGAACGAUGAUUCAUGAAAAUAUCUCUUGAGCUGACCACCUUCCCUACAUAGGUACUAAGCGCAUGGUUAGUUACCCGUAAGAACCGAUGGCCUCAACGAGCCCUCGCCAAUCAAACGGGAAGCAAGGAUCUUCAACGUCCUUUUCUGAGCGGACUAUCAUUUCAACACUUGAUUCCCUCAGAUACAGUUUAUUUAUGGCAAGGGAAAACACAUACAGUUGAUCAGGCAGGUCGAGCGCGCGACGUGGAGUUGGUGGAAGGUGUGAUAGUGUAGAAGGCAUGUCUAGAAAUGGCUUGUUGUAUUUUACAAGGCCUCAACGAGCCUCGAAGUGAUUGUUGUCAGUGUUUCUUUAC